CUUUUGAUUUGAGAUGUUUUGAGGUUAGGCGUUGUAUUGGUAUCUUUUGAAGAGUAGAUAUUAUUUUUAUUACUUUUGCUAUAUUAUGUAGCUUUGUCGCAUAACAAUGAAUUCCCCGAGUAAACAAAACGAAGAGCCGUCGUCUAGCACUGAGGCUGAUAGUAUUAUGGAGAACAGCAACGGCGGGGAAGGCGUGCCGACGGAGAGCUUGCGACCGCCCGCCAAGCGAAGAUUGUCGGGAGCAGUGAUAGAAAUCUCCGACACGGAGAGCGAUGAUUCUGAUGUGUGUGCUGUAAAUUCGUACCAGGCUUCAGCCGACGAAGUGAAGAGGAUACGCGGCAAGGAUUACUCAUCAUCCUCUUCAUCUUCGGACUACAGUUCAGACUCGGAGUCACCGUGGGAGGAUGACUCUAUACUGUUGAAGGAUGAGGUAUCAAACAAACCUGCUACUCGGGUACAACUUAAUCCUCGAGCAGACAGGAUGGAGGAUCCAAAGCUUAAUCCUAAUAUAAAGUCACAGGAAUUAAUAGACAAAUUAACAAGCCAUUGGAACGAAAAGAAGGACUUUAAAACGGACGAGAUUACACUAACGUGUGAUCCAUUCAGACUGUGCCUGGUGCGGGACUUGCUGGCCAACCCCGACAUCAUCAACAACAUUGUUGACGACAUGAACACACUGGAUUGGUCUCGCAAGAAGAUGGACCUGUAUGAGUUCUAUCAGACUGCUGACUUAUCAAGUCUCACGUGGCAAAGGAGUAUCAGAGGUAUACAUGAACUGUUAAAGACUGAAGUUAUGAGUUGGGUGUCGCAGGUGACGGGCCUGGAGCUGCGGUGCAUGUCGUCGUCGUGCUCGCUGUACGGGCCCGGGGACCGGCUGCUGGUGCACGACGACCUGCUGGCCGACCGCCGCGUGGCCUUCGUGCUGUACCUGGCGCCCUGGAGGCCCCCACACCAACCGCUCGAGAAUGGAUCCGGUGAACAUGUACACGAGGAGUGGAGCCCCGGAGGCGGGUGGCGGCCGCAGAUGGGCGGCGCGCUGGAACUACUGGCCACGGACGAGGCGGGCCACCCGCAGCGGGCCGCCCGCCGCGUCUACCCGCGCAACAACAUGCUCGCCCUGUUCAGAGUGGGCACCGACUCGUUCCAUCAGGUGAGCGAGGUGGUGUCGCUGGAGCUGCCGCGGCUGACCAUCAACGGGUGGUUCCACGGGCCGCCGCCGCCGCCCCCGGCCGCCGGGCCUGCCGCGGAGCCCGAGCCCGUGCUGCCGCUACCGGAGCCCGAGCGACUUAAUAAUGAAGUUGUGUUGCUGAACCAGUGGAUAGAGAGUACAUACAUGACGCCGCGCAACCGCGCGCAGAUCCAGACGCAGAUGGAGAGGGAGAGCGAGGUCAGCCUCCGGGACUUCUUCCUGCCAGAAAAGUAUCAGGAGCUGCUACAGGAGCUGCGCGAGCCCAGCGUGCGGUGGAUCCCUGCAGGCCCGCUGCAGGCGCGGCGGCACGCGGCGCUGUGUGCGGAGUGGGCGGCGGCGCUGCCGGCACACCACGUGCUGCGGCAGGUGCGCUCGCUGCUGGCCAGCACCACCUUCGCGCGGCUGCUGGCCGACUGCACCGACCUGCAGCUGACGAGGCUCGCGCGGCUCGAGCUGCAGCGGUGGCGCGCCGGGGACUACGCCCUGCUGCCACCUCGCGAGCACUACCAGCGCGCCCGGCUGGAGGUGGUGGUGUACGUGGGCGUCCCGGAGCGGGCUCUGAGCGGCGGCAGCACGACGUUCGUGGCGGCCGAGCAGCCCGGCGACGCGGCGCUGGUGACGCUGCCGCCCGUCAACAACGCGCUGUCGCUCGUCUACUGCGACCCGGGCGCCGCCGCCUUCACCGCCUACCUCAGCCGCCUCACCAUGCGCCCCGACGACUGCUUCUACGUGCUCUGCGGCACCUACUGCGAGUGACGCCCGCCAGACACUACUACCCGGACCGACGCCGCCGCACCCACGGAGUUCUCGUAUCGCAACGCAUGUACGACCAGUGCAGCCCGGUGUGAGUUAAAAAAAAUUACGUGGAGUGAGCGAGCAGUCAUACAAACAUUGUAACGAGAUAUAAUAAUAAUGUGCGUCAUGAAAUGAUGAAAUUAAAAUGAUU